ACUUGGUGACAGGUCUGCUCACUAAUGUUUAGUUGGAAAUUAUGAAAUGAAUUUGGCAAGAUACUGCGGAUACCAAUCUGCACGUAAAGAUAUGGUUCUGCGAAUUCCUCUCAACAACAACAAAUUCAUCGCACAUUACUUUUUUCCAGCACAGGCUCACCACACAAUGUGUCAUCAAGUGUUUCCAAGCAGAUUCAUCAUCCUUAUAUCUCCAUAUAAAUGCUUCAUAACGAAUUUAAGGGCAGUCAUCAUAAAAUUGACUGCCUGGACUAUUUCAGGAUCGGUUACUGCCACAACACUAUCAGGUGAGCAAAAAAAAAAAAAAAAAAAAAAUGCUCUGAAGUCUUCUACGUACGUGUAUGCCCACCGGUUAUAUAAUCCCCAAAAAUGCUGUUUUCAUGCUGCAGUGUGAAUAUAACUGAAUCAAACCCGCACCUCCCAGUGUGUGUGUCAGAGUGUGUGUGCGCGUUCAUGUGAACCUAAGCAGACGGACAGUAGGAUGUAAGCUUCUUAACUGAGCGCUGACUCAGGACACAUGCAGUUUUGCUGCUCUGAAACAGACACACAAGCCGUGGUAAAAUUUUUUUUUUUUAAAAAGAGCGUGUGAUAGUGAGAAGCAAACAGCCUGAAAAUGUUCAUUGAACUUCGCCUGCAACAGAACAAUUUGGUAUAAUGAGGGACAUACUUUGCCAUCAUCCUCCUCCUCACCGAGAGCUUACAGCUGUAAACGUGCUGUUUCUUCUGUGUCACGCAUGUUGAAAAUGCUAAUAAACCAGAUGGAAAUGAUGAUAAUUAAGUCAACACAAUAUUAUCCUACUGGUCAAAUAGUUACUUGUUGGAUAAGUUGUUGUUUUUCAGGUACACAGAGUCUCAUUAGUGCUGAUCAGAAAGCGGAGGCAUCACUGACUAAUCCAAUUUGAAACCCUGCGGUCAACUUUGCAGCCCUCGCUGUGGAAACAAAAGGAAACGUAUCCCGCUGACAAUGAGAGGACUAAUGUUGCAGGUUUUGGCAGUCAUGAUGCUCAUGUAUGCUCAAGGUGAGGAAGAAGAGCAGCUGGAGCAGAUGAUGGAGGCGGCGGGGCUUGAGGCGCAGGAGGAACUACUGCAGUGUUUCCGCUGUGAUCUGGGCUUCUGGGACGCAUGCUACACAACGGAAACCAACUGCAGCCUCGGGGACCGAUGCUUCACGGGCCGCGGGAAGGCUGUUGAUGUCCUGGAUGUAAAAACACUUGGCUGCGUAAAAGCAGAAGAGUGCAACGUGGAGACCACCGUGGAGCUCUUCUUCAACAGCACCGUCUUCGUCAUGACCAAACACUGCUGCGACACCCCCUUCUGCAAUGCUGCAUUGCAACCCAGAGCUGACACAAUUUUGUGCAUCGCUGUAUUGUUCCUGAUAUCCUGGCACAUUACAGGGGCCCCGACACACUGAGAAGCCAAUGUUUAUUCAGUCUGUGUGUGCUGCCAAUACGGGAGGGAAAAAAGAACGGAUUUGAUUCAUAAGGUGAACAUGACAAAUCAACUAUCGAAUUGUUUUUUUUUUUAAAUUAAGACAUUUGUCUUAAUUUAAUCUAGAACCACUUCAUAUAAAUAAAGCAGCAUUGGGAAACCUUUGCCUAUCAGGGGCCCAACUAAAUUGAUGAAAAAAAUGUGAUCUGACAACCAAACAAAGAGUUUGCAUUAUAUAUUAUGAGCAUUUGUGGGUUAAAUAAUUUGGGGCCUUUUUUUUUUUUUUAAAAUAAUAGUUCCUCUUCUGGCUUUACUUUUAAUAGAAUUGCAUGGUGGACCAGAUCAAAUGCUCUAGUGGGACUAAUACAUCCAAUUGACUAAAUUCCUCACGUCUUAACUAA